AGUGACCACGCCCCCGUCUUGACUCAGCUGCUCGUGACUUCCGCUUCACCCCGAAAGUCCGCAGAAGAGGUAGUUUCGCUCGCUGUGUGGAUCCUUUGUACCAGUGCCUUCUUCUCGCCCUGUCGACCCAGAACUUCUCAAAAUGGCGUACCCAGGUUUUGGAGGAAUGCAGGCACCAGUUGUGAACCCGCAUAUCCCAUACAUUGGAGAGAUCCAGGGAGGGCUGCAGCCUGGGAAGAUGAUCACUAUCCAGGGGUUUGUGAUACCUGGAGCAGACAGAAAACCUGGGUUGUUUGGUAUAAUGUAUGAAGAGUGUUGGUUCCAUGUAAACCUGCAGUGUGGCGCCAGCACCCAGCCACGCGCUGACAUCGCCAUGCACUUCAACCCACGCCUGAUGGCGGGCGUCGUGGUGCGGAACUGCCUGCAGAACCAGGCCUGGGGUGCUGAGGAGAAGCCGCACGGACCCUUCCCCUUUGCCAUGGGGCAGAACUUUGAGAUGAUCAUCCUCACUGAGCCAGACAAGUUCAAGGUUGCAGUGAAUGGCCAGCACUUCAUUGAGUUCCGCCACCGUAUCCCGUUCCAGCGGGUCAACACCCUGGCCAUCGAUGGGAAGGUACAGAUCCAGGCCAUCCGCUUUGACUCAGGCUUGCCGCAGCCGGGUGCCCCCCUGCCCCAGAGAGGACCUGGUCCUGUCUACAACCCUUUUCCACAAGUUCCAGGCAGUUUAGCAGCCCCCCCUGCACAAAUGGCGCCCCCUGCUCCAAUGGGACCCCCUGGGCCAAUGGCACCCCCUGGGGCACCCCCCAGCAGUGGACCCCAGGCCUUGCAAGUUCCAUACAUUGGUUCCAUCCCUGGAGGGUUGUACCCUGGCAAGAUGGUGAUUAUCAAUGGUACAGUCCAUCCUGGCAUGCCUGAUAGGUUCCACUUCAACCUACAGUGUGGUGCCAGUACAGCUCCACGUGCUGACAUCGCCAUGCAGUUCAACCCCAGGUUUGCUGCUCGCGCUGUCGUCCGUAACUCCCUCACCAACAACAGCUGGGGUGCAGAGGAGAAGGACACUCCCUACUUCCCCUUCAUGCCAGGACAGCCAUUUGAAUUGAUGGUGCUGUGUCAGCAGGACAGCUUCAAGGUCGCUGUGAACGGGCAGCACCUCACCGAGUUCCGCCACCGCAUCCAGCCCCUGACCCGCGUGGACACACUGGUUGUUGAAGGCAAGGUCAGCCUGCAGCAGAUCCGCUUCACUUAGGAAGUGGUGUGCACGGUGUAACACUCCUUCACCAGUCAGGUACAGCACAGCUGGAUAUCAGGGCAGUUCUGCCUAGAGAUGGUUUACCCUCAAAUCAAGUACAGGUCUAGGAUGUUGAGCAGUGAAAAGUGAAUGAUCAAUGCAACUUAUUUCAAGUGGUAAAAGUCAAUUCAGUAAAAGCUUGAGAGGGAGGAACAGUUUUUUUAAUCGGCUAACUUAAUCCUUAACUUGAUCAUUGUUCACUUGAAACACAUGUUCAAAAUGCAAAAGGAAGAUAAUCAGAUUUUAUAAUAUGAUACACAUUGUAAUAAUUUUGUCACAUUGCAUAGGAAAAUGGGCCAGCAUAGGAAUACAGAUGCUUGCAAAUAGUUUUUAUCCUACAGAACUUCAAUAGCAAACAGCAAAGUUUUAAUGAUGUACUGCAAGAGAUAAGAAUCUGUGCCAAAUUUGCAGUCAUGUUAGUACUUGUUAAUAUUUGUGCACAAAAUAGGGAGAUUGCUCUGUGAGAUUCACCAGAAUGGCCAAGUUAUUGAAAUUCUAAUGUGAUUUUCUGCAUGUUUCUUGUUGCUCAAAAAUAUCAAAGCAUGAUUAUAUAUUUCACCAAAUAUAUAUUUUCUAUUAUGAGAUAAGCUGGCUUUCAAAUUGUAUCAGGAAGAAUAUUAGAUUUGUCAGUAUUUUACUCACUCUACAAUUAUUAAAGGGACCAAUAAUGAUCU